CGGAAGUGACGUAAGUAUAGGCAGCGCUGUCUCCUGUGGGUUUACCUUAUGCUACGUCACUUCCGCCGCGGCCUGGACUUUGUAGGAGAGGCGAUAAGGAAAGAGUGCUUCAGUGAAAAUGUUGCCCUCUCCUCGCUUGCUGGUCGCUCUUCUCCUCCUUUUGGUCGCCAGCUCCAAUGCCAAGUUCCAGGACUUUGAUGACGGAGAUGACGUGACUGAAUACGAUGACAAUGACUUUGCAGAGUUUGAAGAUACAGCAGAUGAGGCCCCCACUACACAUCCUCCUCAUCAGCAGCACUUACCUGAUGAAGAAGAGGAGGAGGAGGAUGAGGAAGCAACAGUGGAGUCAGAGGGACAGGAGGAGUUUGAACUAGACACAGAAGGACAGGAUGGCGACAGUGAUAAUGAGCCAUAUGAUGAUGAAGAGUUUGAAGGUUAUGAAGACAAGAUGGACUCGGGAAACACUAUCAAAAGCAAGGACCCCAUCACCAUUGUAGAUGUCCCUGCUCAUCUGCAGAACAGCUGGGAGAGCUAUUACAUGGAGAUCCUUAUGGUGACCGGGCUCCUGGCAUACAUAAUGAACUACAUUAUUGGAAAGAAUAAGAACAGCCGCUUGGCACAGGCCUGGUUUAACUCUCAUCGUGAACUACUGGAGAGCAACUUUUCCCUUGUGGGGGAUGAUGGGACAAGUAAGGACGCAGUAAGCACUGGGAAGCUAAACCAGGAGAACGAGCACAUCUACAACCUGUGGUGCUCAGGACGUCUGUGCUGCGAGGGUAUGCUGAUCCAACUCAAGUUUUUAAAGCGCCAAGACUUGCUGAAUGUGUUGGCUCGUAUGAUGCGCCCAACUUGUGACCAAGUGCAAGUAAAGGUGACAAUGAAUGAUGAGGACAUGGACACAUAUGUGUUUGCUGUGGGGACACGAAAGACCCUUGCUCGGCUGCAGAAAGAAAUGCAGGACUUGAGUGAGUUUUGCAGUGACAAGCCUAAGUCUGCAGCCAAGCUAGGUAUCUCGGACUCUUUGGCCAUCCUUUCUGAGAUGGGGGAGGUGACAGAUGGUGUCUUAGACACUAAGAUGGUUCAUUACCUAACACAUUAUGCUGAUAAGAUUGAAUCCAUCCAUUUCUCGGACCAAUUUUCUGGUCCAAAGGUUAUGCAAGAAGAGGGGCAGCCCCUUAAACUGCCAGAGACCAAGAAGACCCUUCUGUUUACAUUUAAUGUGCCUGGAGCUGGAAACGCAUCAGUAAAAGACAUGGAGUCUCUUCUGCCACUGAUGAACAUGGUGAUUUACAGCAUCGACAAAGUGAAGAAGUUCCGUCUCAAUAGAGAGGGGAAGCAAAAAGCUGAUAAGAACCGUGCCCGCGUGGAAGAGAACUUUCUGAAGCUUACACAUGUGCAACGCCAAGAAGCCGCACAGACCCGACGCGAAGAGAAGAAGAGAGCCGAGAAGGAGCGCAUCAUGAAUGAGGAGGAUCCGGAGAAACAGCGCCGACUGGAGGAAGCUGCCCAACGCCGGGAGCAGAAGAAGAUGGAGAAAAAGCAGAUGAAAAUGAAGCAGAUUAAAGUGAAGGCUAUGUAACAGCCCAGCCAAUCCUAUCUCCUUCUUUAAUGCAGCUUAAGUCAGGAUAGUAGGGGGAGAAAGUGAAACCUCAUUUAGGAAUAGUAUAUGCUUGGUUGUGAUGAUUUGGUUUAUUGUCUUCCUAUACGACUUUAUGUAAGAGUCCUGAGGACCUAGUGUCUCACACCUCCUCCCAGGAACAUUGCUAAUAAGUAUCUUAAGCCAGAGACUGUUCAGGUGCAGCGAGAACUGUUCCCCUGUCCUGCACAUCUCUAUCUAAAGCAACAUGGACCCUAUUGAAUUGGUAACAGUUCUGCACAGUUCUGAAAAACUUUUCUAUAUGAACUUCAGGAUACCAAUCCUAAUACCGCCUAUGAGCUCUUUUAUGGAUAAAACCUAUGGGACAGAGUUUUUUCAUCUUAAUGUUUUACCCUCAGCCAUGUCAAGUACUGAAGACGAGAAUCAUUCAACAGUAUUAUAUUUAAGUAACUAAGAUCUUGAUGAUUAUUGGAUGCCACCACAUGUAAAGGACAGUCUUUAGACAUUAAAGGGGUUGUUCCCUUUGGCAAAGUUAUGCCCUA